ACACCUGUGUUACACACGUCACUCAAACACAGAACCAGGAAACAGAAUCAUAUGAUUUCAGGAAAAGAGAAACAGAAGUGUUGUUCAGCUGUUGUGUGUCUGUGUCUCUGUGUUCAUGCAGUAAAAUGGCAGAAGCCAGAGUUUUUCAGGAUGAGUUCAUGUGUGCAGUAUGUCUGGAUCUCCUGAAGGAUCCAGUGACCAUUCCCUGUGGACACAGUUACUGUAAGAGCUGUAUUACAGACUGCUGGGAUCAGGAGGAUCAGAAGAGAGUCUACAGCUGCCCUCAGUGCAGACAGACCUUCAGUCCAAGACCUGCUUUAGCUAGAAACACCAUGCUGGCUGAAGUGGUGGAGAAACUGAAGAAGACCAGACUCUCUGCUGACUGUGACGCUGGAGCUGGAGAUGUGCAGUGUGACGUCUGUACUGGAAGAAAAUACAAAGCCAUCAAGUCCUGUCUGGUGUGUCUGGAGUCUUACUGUCAAACUCAUUUUGAGCGACACGAGGAGUUUCAUUCACGUAAACCACACAAAGUGACUGAAGCCACUGGACGACUGCAGGAGAUGAUCUGCCAGAAACAUGAGAAGAUCCUCGAGGUUUUUCUGUCGCACUGAUAGAAGUGUAUAUGUGUGCUGUGUACGAUUAUUGAACAUAAAAACCAUGACAUUGUACCAGCUGCAGACCAGAGGACAGAGAAACAGAAGCAGCUGAAGAAGACGCAGAAGACGCUCCAGCAGAGAAUCCAGCAGAGAGAGAAAGAUCUCCAGCAGCAGAGAGAGACUGUGGAGUCUCAUAAGCGCUCUGCACAGACAGCAGUGGAGGACAGUGAGAGGAUCUUUACUGAGCUCAUCCGCUCCAUUGAGAGAAGCCGCUCUGAGCUGAUACGACUGAUCAGAGAUCAGGAAAAGACUGCAGUGAGUCUAGCUGAAGAACGACUGGAGCGACUGGAGCAGGAGAUCAAUGAUCUGAGGAGGAGAGACGCUGAGCUGGAGCAGCUUUCACACACACAGGAUCACAUCCAGUUC